CCGCCUAUAAAAGGCCAGGUGUUGACGUCAGCGUUCUCUUCCGCCGUCGUCGCCGCCAUCCUUGGCGCGACUUACCUCGCUCGGAUCUGCCUGGGAGAAUCCACCGCCAUCCGCCACCAUGGUGAACUUCACCGUAGACCAGAUCCGGGCCAUCAUGGACAAGAAGGCCAACAUCCGCAACAUGUCCGUCAUCGCCCACGUGGACCACGGCAAGUCCACGCUGACGGACUCCCUGGUGUGCAAGGCCGGAAUCAUCGCCUCCGCCCGGGCCGGCGAGACGCGCUUCACUGACACCCGGAAAGACGAGCAGGAGCGCUGCAUCACCAUCAAGUCCACCGCCAUCUCCCUCUUCUACGAGCUCUCAGAGAACGACCUGAACUUUAUCAAGCAGAGCAAGGACGGCUCAGGCUUCCUCAUCAACCUCAUCGACUCCCCCGGCCACGUGGACUUCUCCUCGGAGGUCACAGCCGCCCUGCGCGUCACCGACGGCGCCCUGGUGGUGGUGGACUGCGUGGUGCUGCGGCAGGCCAUCGCCGAGCGCAUCAAGCCCGUGCUGAUGAUGAACAAGAUGGACCGCGCCCUGCUGGAGCUGCAGCUGGAGCCCGAGGAGCUGUACCAGACCUUCCAGCGCAUCGUGGAGAACGUCAACGUCAUCAUCUCCACCUACGGCGAGGGCGAGGGCGGCCCCAUGGGCAACAUCAUGAUCGACCCCGUCCUGGGCACCGUGGGCUUCGGGUCUGGCCUCCAUGGCUGGGCCUUCACGCUGAAGCAGUUCGCAGAGAUGUACGUGGCCAAGUUCGCCGCCAAGGGCGAGGGCCAGCUGGGGCCUGCCGAGCGGGCCAAGAAGGUGGAGGACAUGAUGAAGAAGCUCUGGGGCGACCGGUACUUCGACCCAGCCACUGGCAAGUUCAGCAAGUCGGCCACCAGCCCCGACGGGAAGAAGCUGCCCCGCACCUUCUGCCAGCUCAUCCUCGACCCCAUCUUUAAGGUCUUCGAUGCCAUCAUGAACUUCAAGAAAGAGGAGACGGCCAAGCUGAUCGAGAAGCUGGACAUCAAGCUGGACAGCGAGGACAAGGACAAGGAAGGCAAGCCGCUGCUGAAGGCUGUGAUGCGCCGCUGGCUGCCCGCUGGGGAUGCGCUGCUGCAGAUGAUCACCAUCCACCUGCCGUCCCCUGUGACCGCCCAGAAGUACCGCUGCGAGCUGCUCUACGAGGGCCCCCCGGACGACGAUUCUGCCAUGGGCAUUAAAAGCUGUGACCCCAAAGGGCCCCUCAUGAUGUACAUUUCUAAGAUGGUGCCAACCUCCGACAAGGGUCGGUUUUACGCCUUCGGACGUGUGUUCUCGGGGCUGGUGUCCACGGGCCUGAAGGUCAGGAUCAUGGGGCCCAACUACACGCCCGGGAAGAAGGAGGACCUCUACCUGAAACCCAUCCAGAGGACAAUCCUGAUGAUGGGCCGCUACGUGGAGCCCAUCGAGGACGUGCCUUGUGGGAACAUCGUGGGCCUGGUGGGCGUGGACCAGUUCCUGGUGAAGACCGGCACCAUCACCACCUUCGAGCACGCACACAACAUGCGGGUGAUGAAGUUCAGCGUCAGCCCCGUCGUCAGGGUCGCCGUCGAGGCCAAGAACCCCGCGGACCUGCCCAAGCUGGUGGAGGGGCUGAAGCGGCUGGCCAAGUCCGACCCCAUGGUGCAGUGCAUCAUUGAGGAGUCCGGCGAGCACAUCAUCGCGGGGGCCGGCGAGCUGCACCUGGAGAUCUGCCUGAAGGACUUGGAGGAGGACCACGCCUGCAUCCCCAUCAAGAAAUCCGACCCUGUUGUCUCGUACCGCGAGACCGUCAGCGAGGAGUCCAACGUGCUGUGCCUGUCCAAGUCCCCCAACAAGCACAACCGGCUGUACAUGAAGGCGCGGCCCUUCCCCGACGGCCUGGCCGAGGACAUCGACAAGGGCGAGGUGUCUGCGCGCCAGGAGCUCAAGCAGCGGGCUCGCUACCUGGCCGAGAAGUACGAGUGGGACGUGGCCGAGGCCCGCAAGAUCUGGUGCUUCGGGCCCGACGGCACCGGCCCCAACAUCCUCACCGACAUCACCAAGGGCGUGCAGUACCUCAACGAGAUCAAGGACAGCGUGGUGGCCGGCUUCCAGUGGGCCACCAAGGAGGGCGCUCUGUGCGAGGAGAACAUGCGCGGUGUGCGCUUCGACGUCCACGACGUGACGCUGCACGCCGACGCCAUCCAUCGCGGGGGUGGCCAGAUCAUCCCCACGGCCCGGCGCUGCCUCUACGCCAGCGUGCUCACGGCCCAGCCGUGUCCUGAGCAGGUGGUGGGUGGCAUCUACGGGGUCCUGAACAGAAAGCGCGGCCACGUCUUCGAGGAGUCCCAGGUGGCUGGUACCCCCAUGUUUGUCGUGAAGGCCUACCUGCCUGUCAACGAGUCCUUCG